AUCAGCCCUCCCUCUUUAAAACACACACACACACACACACACAGUCAGUGUCGGUGUGAGAGAGCAGCGUGUGUCAGGAGGAUCUGACCGAGUCCCUGAACACUGCGGACAUGGCCAGCCCCGGCUCCAGAGAUACCGAGUGGGGAGAGAGCCAACAGCAAGACUCCGGACCCGGGCCAGCUUUCACCGAAGCUCAACACUGGAUCGAACAAGUAACAGGCAGAAGUUUUGGUGAUAAGGACUUUCGAACGGGUUUGGAAAAUGGAAUCUUGCUUUGCGAGUUGUUAAAUGCUAUUAAGCCUGGGGCCGUGAAGAAGAUCAAUCGUUUGCCAACUCCCAUUGCAGGACUGGACAAUAUUACAUUAUUUUUGAGAGCAUGUGAAGAGCUUGGACUUAAGGGAUCGCAGCUUUUUGAUCCAGGUGAUCUUCAAGAUAUGACCAAUAGAGCCACAAUCAAGGUAUCAGAUUACAGCAGGAAAAUGAAAAAUGUUUUGAUCACUAUAUAUUGGUUGGGAAAAACAGCAAACAGCUGCACAUCCUACAGUGGGCCGACCCUGAACCUGAAAGAAUUUGAAGGAUUGUUAUCUCAAAUCCAAAAGGAGAUGGAUGAUACAGACAGUCCAAAAAGAAGCAUUCGUGACAGUGGUUACAUUGACAGCUGGGACUCUGAACGCAGCGACUCCCUGUCACCUCCCAGACAUACCAGAGAUGAUUCCUUUGAUAGUCUGGAUUCAUUUGGAUCACGAUCACAACAGACACCAUCCCCAGAGGUGCUACUUAGAGGAAGUAGUGAUGGUCGUGGCAGUGACUCUGAAACAGAUGUAACACAGAAGGCACCUGACAUGAAACGAGACGACAUGUCUGUAAGACGGACUUCCUAUAGUGAACCCAAGUCAUCCGUGCCAUUUAACCAAUAUCUACCCAACAAGAGCAAUCAUACGGCCUAUAUGCCCGCACCUCUUCGGAAAAAACGGGCAGAGCGAGGGGAAAAUUAUCGGAAGAGCUGGAGUAACACUACUUCACCUGUAGCAGCAGAGCGACCAUUCAGAUACAGUCCUACAGAUGCCCUGUCUGAUGAUGCAGGAAGCAUUAGUAUGAUCGAUAUGAGGCCCGAAGAUGUUACAAUCCAGCCUCACAGUAAAGCUCGCCAUGAGGAACUACACAACAUUCAUAGCCGACUACGUGAGGACCAGGACAAAUGGCAAGACGAUCUGGCUCGCUGGAAGAACCGCAGGAGGAGUGCAUCCCAGGAUCUAAUCAAAAGGAAGGAGGAACGAGAUAUUGUGGAAAAAAUAAUGAGCGGGGAGCGCAGUUCAGAAAGGCGGAGGAGCAUUAAAACAUACAGAGAAAUUGUGGAGGAGAAGGAAUGCAGAGAACUUGCUCUCCAAGAAGCGUAUAAAAAUGCAAGGACACCUGAAGAGGCUGAAGCCAUUUUGAAAAAAUAUUCACAGAGAUUUAUCAUCAGUGAACCUAUUCUUGAAAGCCUGGUGAUGCCAAAAUUCCUGGAAAGAAGUCAAUCUGUGGACUCUGAUACUCCAUCCUCACCAACAAAAGAUCCAAAUUCACUGAAGUACUUACGACAGCAGUCGUUGCCUAUCCAAAAAUAUACUGCUACUGUUGAAGCGAUGAUCAUGCCCAGCAUCCAGUCCCAGACAAGUGUUUCUGCAACAGUAACAUCCCCAACCAGAACUGUUGCCUGUAAGGCAGUGCCUAUGUUGACCCCCAAGCCUUAUUCACAACCAAAAGAUUCACAAACUGUGCUGAAAUCAUUUAAGAAGGAUGGAAAAAUUAGAAUGAAUGGGGAGACCAGCCCAACAUUCACCAGAGUUGAAGAGAAGGAACCCACAUCUGCAAUACCUACAUCAUCACAGAUGCCUGCAAAUGUGUCAAGUGUGGACACUCCCCCAUUAACAUCUCAGAUCGAUAAUAACUGUCAUGUAUCUGGACCAGAACAGGAAAUUUCUUCAACCAUAAAUGACCCAGAGAUUGAAGAUACAGAGCAAGAGGAACGGACUGAGAUGCCAAUCAUCAUUGGCACCAGUCAACAGUCGAGCACAGAGGAAGGACCUGAUCUGAAACCUUGCUGCAAUAAGACUGAAAAAGGGACCAUGAAAGAUGCAACACAAGAAGAAGAUCAUCCUUGGAACAUGGAAACAUCGACAAUACACAUUGCCCUCUCAAAUAAUGUAACAAAGAACACAGUUGAUUCCAAACAUCUAAUGACUGAUGAAGCCUUUUUAAAUCCUGAGAAAGAGAAGCCCAGUGAUAGUGUGCAAAUACAACUUCAACAAGAGACAUUAAAAUCAGAGACACUUCAACACGGUGAAACGGGAGAUGUAUUUGAAUCCAUUCAGAGAAUAAGUGAACUGGAGGAAGAGACUACAGAGGGCAGUCAGCCUGAUGAUGCUAUUAGUCAGCAAGAGUCACCUAACCCUGCCAGUGUUCCGGUUAAAGUUCGGAACUCUUGGCGACGCUCAGAAUUUUUCUCUCAGCCAGCAGAAGUGAAAAACAGUGACAAUGUAAAUAUCCCAGUUGCUCCUUUAAAUCUCCCUAAGCGUUUUGACCGCUGGUAUUGGGAUCCAGAAGAAGAACGCAAGCGUCAGGAAAGAUGGCAGAAAGAGCAGGAACGCUUGCUCCAGGAAAGGUACAGAAAGGAGCAAGAAAAACUUCGCCAGGAAUGGGAGAAAGCACAAAGAGAGGUUGAGGAAGAGGAACGUAGAUACCAUGAAGAGGAACGUAAAAUUAUUCAGGAAACAGUGACCCCGCUGACUCCACGAUCACCAGCACUGUCUGCCCAUCAUCCCAAUGAGUGGAUCUGUCCAUCAAAACGUGAGGAAAACUCUCAUUCUGACCACAUUGAGGGUUCCUCCAUGGAUCCGGAGAACACAAAUGUCAAAUUGCAGAAAGAUGCAGUGGAAGCAGAGAGUUGGCAGGCAGAAGAUAAAGGACAAAUGGAAGCAGAAGAGGAGCAACGAUGGCAGAAGGAACAGCAACAUAAAUUGAUGUGGAAACCAGAAGAGUCACAGACCUUUAAAAAAGAUGAGACUGAACAACAGGAAAACUGGGAUGAAACUGGGAAGAGCAAAGUAGAGACGCGGCACUGGCAGGAGAGCAAACAACUAGAACCUGAACAGCAAAAGUUGACUGUCCAAUCUGAAGUACACAUUUUCCAAAUGGACAAGGAGACUGUUAGUGAAAGACAGCCCCAAGCAAUCUGGCAAAUACCUUUUGCAGAUCACCAGAAAUUACCAGCUCAAGCUGCAGGAUCUCCACUAUUUGCUAGCAAAUCAUGGAAUACAGAGGAACCUCCUUCGUUCCUGGAAAUUCCAAGGAAACAACAACAAGGAGAUGUAGUGAAGACUGGGUCUCUGGACAGAAACUGGGCUCUUCAGUCUAAUACAAUGGACAGAAAAAACUGGUCUGGAUCUCAUGAAAACUUACAAUCAGGUCAAUCUCCGCCACUCCCACACUCAUCUCUUCAGCUACAGGCACCCAGUAGGUCAGUCAGUGGGAAGAAGUUGUGCUCAACUUGUGGGCUUCCUCUUGGAAAAGGUGCAGCCAUGAUCAUCGAAACACUCAGUCUAUAUUUCCAUAUUCAGUGUUUCACGUGUGGUAUCUGUAAAGGUCAACUUGGAGAUGCAACCACUGGGACAGAUGUCCGGAUUCGUAAUGGGCUUCUUAAUUGUAAUGAUUGUUACAUCAGGUCCAGAACCGCUGGACAACCCACUACUUUAUGACCGUGCCACAUGCCAAUCAGCAACAGCAACUGGAUGUCAGGAAAAACUCGGAUGGCCCAUGCUCAACGCUGAUCAUUGCGACGAUUGCUUUAUGGACAAUCAUGGGUAGAAACUGUCAUUCACUGGCUUUCUCAUUAGAAGAGAUAUUAUUUUCCAAAGUAGCUUCUAUCUGCAUUGUUAUUUUGGCAGUCUACACCUUGGAUCUUUUAAAAUUUAGUGAAACCACCAUUCUUUUGUGCUCAGAGUUACAAAAGUAGCGUACUAAAUUUCAUGUCAAAUAAAAGCUUUUAACUGGAUACCUAUUUAAUUAAUAUUGUGUGAUAUAUAAUUUAUUUUGUUGCCUCUUCCAAUUAUUUGAAACAAAAUUUAAAAUUAUUAUUGGAGUAAAUAAAUAAUAAUUAGGGACUGAAUCUUGUGGCAGGGAACACUGAAUUGAUGGAAGGAUGAGAACCUGCUUUCAUCCUGAUUAAAUCCAUUUAAUGCCCACUUCAGGUCCUAAUGCAUAAAGCUGGCAUAAAACUAGUGUCAGCAAAGGAGUGGUGGGGACUCGCCAAGCUGUGAGCACAACCAGCAAACCACAUAUUUGCUUUCAAACUCUGGCAGAGGAGGGGUAAAAGAGUGAUAUAUGGAUUCCUCAUUCUCACUCAGUGCCUGAUUGUGAGAUCUGGUAUCAGCAGUAAGGGGUCUUUCUGACUCCAUAACACUGCCUUUGCUGCUGACUCACUUUUACCAUGAUCCCUCUCUCACUCCAUCACUCAUCGGUACCCAGGUUCCUCCUCAAUCCAAGGCCUCUAGUGGAUAUAUCAAAUGGACAGUAGCAUGAGAUCCCAUGGUACCACCUCUGAGUGCAGAAGAGUUGCCAACCUCUGAUUGGGCAGUAGUUGUCAGCAGGUGGGUCACCCAUCCCUAAGGAGAAGGAUGUCAGUGUUCAGCUGCAGAAGGCCCUCCCAAAACGAUGCAACAUGGAUAUCUCAUCAGCACUCCAACCAGUGGCUGAGAUACUCCAUUGCCUCCACAAGAUUCUGCCCUAUAUUUGUCCUACAUGAUGGAUAAUAACUAUCUUCUUCCUUUUCCUGCAAGUAACUUAAGCUGUCUGUGUAACAUUGAGGAGGUGUCGAGAUAAUUCAAAAUGGAUAGAUUUACAUUAAUUUUGAUAUUUUAGAUUGCAAAGUGUGACAGUGUUUGUAAUCGGUUAAAAAAAUGAAUAAUGAGGCAAUAACCAAGGUUUUUGAUACUAGAUUUUGACAGCAUACAGCUACACAGUUUAUUAAUGAACCAUUUCUUUUUGAAAAAGGAAAACUGAGAUACUUGUCUUUUAGGGAAAUGUGCAUGCCAGUCCACGGUUUAUGACACCAAUUUGUUGUAUUAGGAAGGACUGCUUUCACAUUAGGACUGCCAAUGGUUCUAACAUUACAUCAGAUUUUUGUGAAUAUUCAUUACAGACUUUCUCUCAUCUAUUUUUAGCCAGUUGAGCUAAGUUUCUAUAAAGGAGCAUCCAGGUGGAUAUGACCUUCAAGUUAAUGACUAAUUAGUACACUGCCAAAAGGCUGCAAUUCAUGUUCAGGAUCACAAAAAGAAUUCAUUGUUCCACACUUUGAUGAGUUUUUCUGGUAUAGCAUUGAUCCAGCCCCUAAAUUUCUUGUUAGCUCGGUGUUUUUUCUCCUGUAAUUAGAUUAGAUUCCCUACAGUGUGGAAACAGGCCCUUUGGCCCAACAAGUCCAGACCGACCCUCCAAAGAGCAACCCACCCAGACCCAUUCCCCUACAUUCACCCCUGACUAAUGCACCUAACACUACAGGCAAUUUAGCGUGACCAAUUCACCUGACCUGCACAUUUUUGAACUGUGGGAGGAAACCGGAGCACCCGGAGGAAACCCACACAGACACAAGGAGAAUGUGCAAACUCCACACAGAUAGUUACCCGAGGGGGGAAUUGACCCUGAGUCUCUGGCGCUGUGAGGCAGCAGUGCUAACCAUUGUGCCACCGUGCCAUCCCAGCAUAAUCUAACAUACUUCCUCUGAAUCAAGAUGCACCAAGAAUUAAAAUAACAAAAUUCAAGUAACUCUAAUGUGAUUUCCCUCAUGUUUUCAAAUGCUUGCCCUUACCAUUUGAACUGUGAAUAUGGCUUAUGCUACCAUUUUACAUUCUGAAUCUGACCAGAAACAGAUGAGCAGCAAGUUUGAAGUUUCAUAUUUUUGCCUCAAACUGAGUCUAGUGAUCCCUCUAAAAUGCAAACAUUUCUUUACACGGAGAGUAAUUGAAGUAUCAGAGCCCUUUAACGUUACAAAAUAGUAACAAUAUAGUAACAAAUGUUUUGGUGAUUAUUACACCUUCAUUGUAAAACAUUCUGCCUAUUAUGAAGCACUGAAACUAUGAAACAUUUUAUAAAGCCAAAUUUUUCCAAGCAGGAAAACAAAUAGAUUGCAUUCAGCAGUUUAAGUUAUCUGUAAAUCUGUCCGAUGGAACAUUCUGCAAAGUUGCUGAAGGCUGCAGGCUUGUAAUUUUUGUUUUUUGUGAAAAGUAUCAUUAAGAGAUUACCACAGACCUUUAAAAUGUCACUGUUCUUACUUUGUAGUCAAAUGAGGCUAGCCAAAUAAUUACAACUAGCCUGAGACAUGCCAUGAUCCUUUGCUUAGCAAUCCACUUAUAUUUCAGGCAGAUGCCUGCAAAGUGAUUCUGAGGAGAAUGGAAAGCACCUAAUUAUCCAAAUACGUUGUCCUUACUUUAAACAACAGCAACACAAUGUCAGCCCCAUACUCACUGAAGCUCUCGAUUUUCAUUCAGUAGGAUAAAUGUUAAAGUAUAGUCCAUAAUCAUUUAAUAUACAAAUAAAUAAACCCCUUCUUGUCUGGCUCAGCUAUAAUUAUUUCUUAAAGUUACAUAUUUGACAUUUAUUUAUUGAAAUAGAUAAAGCUAUGUUUUGCAUGCUAGUCAAGUCCUUAUGCUGAAGUACUAUGUGAUACAUGUUUGCUGUAUUUUUAUUUGUAACCAUUGUUGGGUUAGUCUGUUGGAAGAAUAUUUUAUUUCUUUCACAUUAAAACUGUGCCUUAGAAAAUGCAGGCUGUUGCACACGGACUGUCAAAGUGUUGAGCAUCUGCAGUGAAUGUGAAAUAAUUGGUAUUCGACUCAAGAAACAUCUUUAUCAACUCUCAAGUGAGCGGGAUACAUGUGAUAUUGCUAAGGAAAUGAGUAAAACAUGAAGCUGAGGCCUAAUUGAUUUAUCUCAUGUGACCAGUUCAUAUUAAACUGAAGUUACCUACUCUUCUGCAUGGUUUCAGAAAAGACUGAUGUUUAUCUUGCAGUCUCUCUAUUGUGUAAAAUAUGUGGUUUAGCACUCAACAGAUUUUUAAAGAGGACUUUUUACAUAUUCUUGUAUGUUUUUUUCUCCUCAGCAAUUAAAGAAGUACUGAGAAAGUAGUGAUGCAUAUAUAGCAGCACAUAAUGUCCUUGUUCCAGUAGCCCCAUUUGCAAUUCUCUUCAUCUUAAGAAAAAGUUAAAGUGGUAACAACUUGAACAAGGCAAUAGACAUUAAGCGCUUAGGUGGUAAUAUUGUAACUUUUUAUCAGUGCAGUAAACUAUUUCAGUACACAUUUAUAUUUGAUACAGCGUUAAACAUUAAUGUUCAAAACCAGUGAGUAAUAGUACUUAGAAUAUGGGCUGGAUGAUACAGUCAGCAGUAUUAAAAAUGAAUACUUAACAGAUUUAUAUGAUAUUCAUCUAUUAUUUCAAGGAGGUUUCGUGUCUCAGUGGAUAGUGUCCCAUACUUGUUUUGGAUUCAAGUCCCACACAAGACUUGAUGGCCGAGAAAGGUGUGUUCGUAAUAUUGUUAAAUUGAGUAUCUAUUUGUAAAUCUUUCCAGCUUGUCAAUAGCAGGUUGUAAAAGCAGGAGAGAUUCUUGGUCAACUAUGCAAUGGAAAGGAAACUCUGCCAUCACUAUUUGUAGCUUCAGAGUAAAACAUGCAUAUAAAAAAUGCAUAUUGCUACAGCAACUCAAACUCCCCAAGAGAACUAUUAUAUACCACCAUUACUAUCUUAAAGAAGUUGUUAACUCAUUCAAGAUAAAAAGAGGGACACCAUAAAAUGUAUUGUGUUCAUCUAUAAACAACAACAGCAAAUUCUUAACUAAAAUGUUAAUAUAGCUAUUUACAGAAGCGAACCAUUACAGAGAUAUGAACACUUUGGAUCACCAAAAUGCGUAGCACCAAUAAUACGAAAACAUAGCCUCAAUAACAAAAUAAUCAGCUUAUGUUUUAAUUGGAAAAUUACGUUUUGUUUUACAUGAUUCCACAAUAUGUAUGGUUGACAUCUACUGAUUUUGAGGAAGUCCAUAUUUGGUUCUAAAUCAAUAAAACUCUAUUUGGUACCCAUUCUUGUGCUUACUCUUCUCAUUUUGUUAGCAAGAUGUCAAUUCACAUUUGCAUGAUUGGACAUAGUGUCCUUACAGUAGCAUGCAAUGUAGCUCUGCCAGCAUCUACAAUUAUCUGUGUAGAAAGUUGUUGGAUCUGAUUGUAUGUAGUUAACAGCCCUUCUCCAAAUUUUGCUUAACCAAAUAUGGACUUGGACUGGUGAUUUUUAGGUGAAUAAUUGUAGCUGGGGCUAAUAAAUAAUUGAAGUUGUCUCAUAUAUGCUACAUUCAACUAUUGCGCUACAUAUAUAGUGAUCUGCCUCUUGAAAGAAAAAUAAAUUGUGU